AAAUUGCAGCGUAUUUAUUCGUCCCCAUUUACUUUUCGGCAUUAAAACGCUCAUCAUUUCUAACUGAUCAAAAUCAAAAUGAGAAAUUCAUACGGGUUUGUACUCUCUAUCUUUUUGGGAAUUAGCCUUCACCAUGUCACCUUCGUUGCUGCAAUUUCCGGGAAGGCCACGUACUACUACGUUUCUGCCGGACUGACAGCCUGCGGAACCCGCCACUCUGACUCUGAACUAGUCGCCGCAAUAGGCUGGCCAUACUGGACGGAGGCCAACCCUAACAAUGAUCCACUUUGCUUGAACAAUCAACGCGCCAUUGUCACAGACACGUCGAACGGGAGAAAUGUCACCGUUUUGAUCCGGGACAUCUGCGGGUCUUGCGCCACGACGAAUAUUGACCUUUCCGUGGGCGCUUUUACGGUACUCCGACCCUUGUCCGUCGGUAUGUUUGACGUCACCUGGGAAUUUUUGGAGGACGAGGGUGGUGACGGGAUUUGUCGGGGGAGAGUGGCCGCUUCGGGCGGGUUGAUCGUUCGGGAACGCCCGGAUGUCAGCAGUCCUGCAGUGGGUCAAUUAGCGGAUGGGUCCAUUACACAGAUUUGGUGGAGGACGGAAGGUUCGAUCGUAAACGGAAAUCCGAAUUGGUUUCAAGUUCCGACCGGCUACGUAUCGGCGUACUUCGUCAACAUCUCGUCAAAUAAUGGCGAGCCGUGGUGCAGCAAGUGGUGAAAUGGUAGAAAGGUUAAAAAUAACGACAUCAAUUAAAUUAAUCAAUUUGGUAAAAUAUUCGAAUAUUUUAAAUUGUCCAAAAGUAUCUAAAUUUGAAAAAUAGCUGAUACAGGUUAUAAAUAUAAAUGAAUAAAAAUUUCCGA